AUGCAAGUCUCUGGACUGGGAAUAGAUGAACAGGAUGAUUAUGAGAGUGAUUGUAAUAUAUUGUCGACGAAAGAGCAGAGACAGGAACAAGUGGCUCAGUAUGCAUUGCAGGAGCAACAACAAGAACAACAACAGAGGUUGCAACGCACUUGGUUUCAAUCUAUCAAGUCAUCAGUGAGCAGCUUCAACACCAAGGUCAAGCACAUGUUCAUCGCCCCCGAGACUGAAGAUGCACUAGGUGUCAUCUACCAACUGUUCACCACCUUCUUCAAAGAUGUCAAACACUCAAAGGUCGACCUGUUCUCUGGCCUACUCUUGUUGGACAGUUACUACAAGAACCCUCACAUCGUCUCUGAUCAUUAUGAACAGGAUGAACUGUUCUUAAAGACUGCUAAGCAUUAUAUGAACUUUGCUGCUGCAAGUUUGGGAUCAAAGUAUGUGUAUAGUUACUUGGCAAAGAAGCAUGUAUCGGGUAUAAUCAAAGGAGUCACUGGUACAGAUCGUCUAAACAUCAAGGUCUUGUGCGAACACACUGGUAUUCAGAGAGAAGAUGUUAUCUGCUAUAGAUUCACCAGUCACAACUUUGAUCCAGCUCACUUUGUCGCAGUGGAUCAUGCCACCAUGGCGAUUGUUGUAUCAUUCAGAGGCACAUUCCACGCCAGAGACAUCCUCACUGAUCUUGUGGCCACCAACACUCCUUUCCUCGAUGGCUUUGCUCACACUGGUAUCCUCAAGUGCGCUCAGAACAAGUUCAACGAGCUCACACCAUUGUUGUUGGAGAAUCUAAAGAAGCAUGCAGGAUAUUCAUUGGUAGUGACUGGACAUAGUUUGGGUGCUGGUACUGCAGCAUUGUUCACAUUGUUGUUCCAUUCAACUUAUCCAGAGAUCAAGAUUCACUGUCAUGCCUAUGCUCCACCAUGUGUUACAUCAUUGGAGCUUGCAUUGGAUGAGAAGACCAGGUCAUUGAUAACCAGCUACGUCCUAAAGGAUGACAUCAUUCCAAGACUAAGUUACCAAUCUUUAGAGCAUCUUAAACAUUUGAUCACAUCAAUGUUGGAUAAUAAUCCUGGUAUGAUCAAUCAGGCCUUCCAAAUACUUUGUGCUGGCAAUAACCUUGGCGACAACCUCACCAACAAGGUUGCCAGUUUCCUAAAGGUUGAGCGAGGAGUGAAGCUUCCAUCCAAGCAGUACGCAGCUUUGAACACUCAAACGAUGCUUCCACCUGGCGACACCUAUCGUAUCUACAAGCAGUCCAACUUUGACAAGCACUUCAUUAUGGAGAAAUCAAACCCAUCACUGUUUGGCGAGAUAGUCAUAUCUGGUAGUCUCCUUCUCGAUCAUUUCCCAGAUCACUACGAAGAUGCACUCUCACUUUGCUACCAGUACGCCACGAACAAAGAGGCAUUCACUACUGCACCUUCAUUGGAAGUGAACAACAGCUCGGUUAAUCUCUCUAGCAGUCCAUCAAAGUCUUCCAACCUUUCCAUCAGUCCCUCCAAGUCACCAUCAACAAGUCCCUCUAGGUCAUUGUCCACAAGUCCAUCCAAGUCAUUAUUCUCAAUUUUCUCCACCAGUCCUUCAAAGUCGUCGGUCCUCUCAACCAGUCCCUCACAGUCAUCAACCAUUCUCUCAAGUAGUCCAGCCAAAGAGUCCAUUGAUAACAACACCAGUACCAAUCAACAACAGAUGUAA